AUGAUCGCUAGUUUUUAUCCAUUUCAGGUGGCUGAUGAUCCAAAUUUUCCUAAUAAAAUAUGCAGUAAAUGCUUAGACAGAACAAUUAACUCUUACCUGUUCACACAACAGUGUGAAAGAGCCGAGCGAGCACUGCGUAACUGCUUCAAUGAUCUCAAUGAAAAGUUUGAUAAGCUUGACCCACUUGAACGGGUAAAGCGACGGGGCAGACAAAAAUUGCACCCAAACCACAAUGUGUUGUAUGCUGACUAUAAAAUGGUUAUGGGCUAUGCAGAUCCUAUUAUAAAUAUAAUCAAUGUUGGUGCAUCCCGUGAGGAAGAAGAGGAAAUGGAGAUAAAGGAAUUUGGUAAACACCUGCGGCAUAUAGAGAAACACAAAUUUAAGAAUGUUCUUGAACACUUGAUUGAAAAGAGAAUGGAUGAUUUUUGUGGAGUUUGCAUGGAUAAGGGAGAUGGAUCACAGAUGGUGGAAUUGAAUGAAACAUUUCAUUUACAUGCCGGAUACCCCGAGUUAACAGGGGAAAGGACACUAGCUAGAGUCUUAAAGGAAACAGUGCCAGAGAUGAACACUGUUAAUAACUACAUUGGGACAAAAAUUUGCGAGACAUGCCUCAAUCAUGCAUUAACCUGCUAUAUAUUUUUGAAAAAGAUCAGAUACACUAGGACUAGAUUAGACACUUGUAUUGCCCUAAUGUUAAAGAAUUUAAAUGGUGUUGAGGAACCUGAUACGAAUGUCAUCGUGGAGAUAGCCGAGGACAGCAUUCUGCCGUUGAUGACAAAAGACGAAGUAGUAGAUGACGUCGAAUUCGACGAUAGCGACGAUACAUUCGAAGGCUCAAUGAACGUCGAAGUGUUGGAGGACGAGUUUAGGAUAGAAUCGGAGAGUUCCGAUGACAGUGUACGAAGUUUACGUACGUACGGGCCCAGUGCAAAGCCGAAAAAUACCAAAAUAUUCGACGACCUGAAGAAGAAUCUGUAUCCAGUCAAUCCGACCGCAGAGUUCAUACUGCACAACCCGGCGAAGGACGCUACAAGGACAUAUGUGAACAAGAAGCUCGUCAACGGCAUCCAACCGAAACUGACCGCGACCCAUGAGGUAAAGAAGCCGCCCCCCAGAGACGUUUGCAGUGAGUUCCUGACCUUCAAGAAGAAACCGAAGCCCGCUAGAAGACGCUGGCCCAGGUUCACCUGUCCCCUGUGCAGCAAACACUUCAUCUCGGACUACUUCCUAAAGAAGCACGUGCUGAAGCACGUCGAAAUGAAAACCAAAUGCCCCCUCUGCUCGGCCCGCUUGAAAUCGAAAUUCUGCCUGUUCGAACACAUGAAGAUGGUCCACAUCGCUCACGGCGUCCCCUACAGCGUUUGUACGGUGUGCUGCAGAGGUUUCGCCGACGCGUCGAAGCUCGCUUCGCACAAGAAGACCCACCACGGCAAGGAGUGCCAGCUGUGCGGGAAACGGUUCAGCUCGCAGAAACGCUUCGACGUCCACCUGCAGCGUCACGCUGUCAGGUUCAACGCGCUGAAGGGCCGCAAGGCGCAGACGUGCAGCUUCUGCGAGAAGGAGUGCUCGAACGAGAAUGAACUCUCGCUUCACGUGAACAAGUCACAUUUGCAAAUCAAGCCGUACAGCUGUGACAUGUGCGACAAGCAGUUCUACACGGAGCACAACCUGGCCAGCCACAAGCGUGUGCACACGUUCCUCUCGAGGGAGAAGUGCGAGUUCUGUGACAAAGUGUUCAAGUGUAGGAAGGACUUGGUGGUGCAUGUGAGGAGACAUAUCGGCUCGAAGCCACAUCACUGCCACGUUUGCAGGCAAUCGUUUUACUCGGAGACCGGCAGGAACGUCCACAUGAGGAAGACCCACGGUGGCAGGUUCUGCUGUAGACUGUGCAAGUCGGUGUUCAAUAGGAAAUUGGACCUUAAGGCGCAUGUGAACGUGGCUCAUAAUGCCAUG